GCCAUAAACUCUGUGUGCAUUGCAGCUGAGAAGCACCAGGAAAGCCCUUGCUGGGAGCCAAGAACAGGCAUGCACGGAGCUGAAGGAAGGACUGACUCUUGCCUCAUCAGCAGCUUUGUGUUGUACAGCUUCACUGAUGCUUGAUGUGGGACUGCGUCCCAGAGCUUGAUGCCUUGUUCAGGUUUUGCUGAUGCUUGCAUGUUACCUGUUACCUACCUUAAAUCUGACACCUACCAUUUUACAUGACCCGACGCUGUACUUUCUAGUAUGUAAAAUUCCCCAGCUUCAGAAAGAUUCUUUUUGGAAAGGCCUGAGAGAAGAUUAGUUAUGGACCCAGGAGGUGGGAUGCCUGAUGGUCAACAUAACCGUACCAAAAAAGAAAAGAUGACCCACUUGUCAUCUCCCAAAACCAGAGAGGUCUUUGUUUCUGAUAGAUGUUGACUGGACUGGGGAGGAUGACGGCACGUCAAACAAAGCCAGCUGGGGAAGUUGGUUCGUUAAGUAUUAACCCUCUGAGGAGUAGAUUGAACUGCGCGAAGGAAACAUUCUGAGAAAACAUCAAAAGUAGAGUAGAUCUCUUCUGAGAAGCAAUGCUGUGGCUGGUAUUUGUGUCGGAAAAGGUGGAGACAAUGUGUUGUCUUGAGGAAUUCAGCCACGUAUACAGAUCUUUCCCUGCUUGCUGUGUUGGUUGCAGCACAGAAUGUCAGCUCUUAGCAAGCAAGUGCCAAAACAGUUCUCAUGGCUAUAAAAGCAGAAAGUGGAACUAAAGGUUAAAGAUAAAUGCUGAGUUUAACCACCAAUACAACUACUGUUGCCUUAAGGACUCACUUCGGAAGGCAGCGGUUGGAUCACUCUGUUUUGGAGCAGAGCCUGCUCAGAUCAACAGAAAGAAGCAAACAAGUUCCAUUUGGGAGUGCCUGCUGAUCUGUUCUCCCAGUAGGAGCUGCCAUCCUGUUCAAGAAGUCACUGGUGGACCAUAUCAACCAGAUCACUUUUUGUCCACAUGCUUGCUGACCAAGUCAAAAAGCACUUGAGAGGCCUGGAAGGAGGCCUUGUCUAAUCUGAGUUUGAAUAUGCAGCAGGACAGAACUUGGCAGUCACUUUUGAGUGAAAAGAAGGCUCGUAUUACAGCAAAGUGCUGAAACCUUAAGAGAGGAAGGAUUCCAAAUGAUAACAGACCCUUCAAACCCAACUAAGAACUCAGAACCUUGGAACUCAUGCUAGAGCUUCGUGCAGAUUGUUAAAGAGAGGCAUGCUUGAAGUCUGCUCUGCCGUGUGUGCUGCUCUGCAAUGAGCUGUAGAUGUGGAUGGGGACGUGAAAAUGUUUGUGCAUUGCAAUGCAGAAACUGUUCGCCUGUUAUGCUGUGAGUAACAUUCACAUAGCAGUCCACAUCAAAUGCAGAAGCCCCAUCCCUAACACCAGCAUGAAUCCUUUUAGAAAUAGUCUUUGAUACUGCUUUAAUUUUGAUAAGCUCUGUACGGAAUGCUGUACAAGAUUUUUAAAGGUUAUCACAUGACACAAACACACAGAUAUUAUUUCCUGUGCUAUUUCCUCUUCUAUACUGGUUUGUUGGUUGGCUUAUUGGCCUUGUUUGCUUCACUGGUUUUGUUUUCAUCUGCAGAGUAAUCAUUCCAGGUACAACCAUUCAUCUUGAGGAAUUACUUUCUCAUUCUCCUUUGCAAAAUCUGGUGUAAUUAAAACAGGAGAGACACCUCUUCUUUUUCAGGCACGUUAUUUAGGUGGGAGGGUCAGCGAGUUCAGCAGAGAGAAGGCUGUUUGCAACACUGCCUUUGAAAGCUGGCUUCCUUAGGAAAAGAUGUGCAGGAGCCAGGCACUCAGUCCUUUGCUGUAGUGGGGGACUGUGUGGCAUCAGAUUGCACAGCACUUGAUUUAGAUAAAUUGCACAGAGUGCAAGCCCACCAGCAGGUUAACAACCACAAUUUACUUUAGCUUUUAGCUAAUCAUUUCCACAGAACAUUCUCCUGCAAUUUUUUUUUAUCUCAGUAGAAGGAUAAGAAAGAAACAACGAACAAACAAAAAGUACGUGGGUUUUUUUACAUCUCUGAUAUGGAAAAUAGCAAAACCAUUUAUAUACGGGAUAUGGUUUUCAGUAACUUACUGUGCUUAAACUUCUGUCAUCAAAGCAGAGCCUUCUUGAAUUGUGCUGGUUCAGUAAAGCAGGUGUGCAGAUGUGAGUCUGUAUACCCUCACCUGUCUGCUGCUCGGCUGGAGAAGAAGGGAACUACGCAUUUUGCUACGUGUUCAGCAGCGGUGCGUUCACCAUCAGGCACGACACGCUCAACAAGUGCAUACAAGUUAAGAACUCACGGAUUGUGGUAGACGACUGCAAAGAGACGAGCGAAGCUCUGUGGAAAUGGGUGUCCCAGAGUCGCCUUUUCCAUCUGGGCACCAAGCAGUGCCUGGGACUCGAUAUAUUCACCAAAUUGCCAUCCCGCCUGAGAAUGGUGGACUGCAACUCAGACCUUCGGCUGUGGUGGCGAUGCGCUGACGGCUCUGUGGUUGGUGCGUCUCAGUACAAGGUGACCGUCAGGAGCGCCUAUGUAACCGCGAGCAUCAACGCGUCGGACCAGUGGAGAAGCAACAACUCCUCUGCUGAUAUAUGCCAGUAUCCGUACCAUGAGGUUUAUACCAAAGAUGGGAACUCCUAUGGGAAGCCCUGUGAGUUCCCCUUUCUGUACAACAUGACCUGGCAUCAUGACUGCAUUCAGGAUGGGACACACACGAGUAGGAAAUGGUGCGCCACGUCUGAAGAUUAUACUCGUGAUGGAAAAUGGGGAAUCUGCUUACAACCAGAGGAUGGUUGCCAUGAUAUCUGGGAACACGAUGCCAGCUCUCAACAUUGCUACCAGUUCAACACCCAGUCUGCUCUUUCUUGGAAGGAAGCUUACGUUUCAUGUCAAAGGCAAGGUGGAGACCUACUUAGCAUCCAGGAUGCAUCAGAAUUAAAUUACAUACAAGCUAAGGAUGACAUUGCUGAGAUCUUCUGGAUUGGCUUAAAUCAGCUGGAUGUUUCUAGAGGCUGGCAGUGGUCAGAUCACAAACCUUUGAAUUUUGUCAACUGGCAUCCAGAUAUGUGGGAUUUGUCCCCUCUGGAUGGGACUAGCUGUGUGGCGAUGAAUGCUGCCUCGGGUCAGUGGAGGAGUUACCACUGUGGGAAUCCACUUCCAUAUGUCUGCAAGAAGUCAUUCAAGGAGGUUUCAAACCUCACAGAGUUUUGGAGACACGUGAAUACUCGCUGUGAUGCAGGCUGGCUUCCCCACAAUGGUUUUUGCUACAUGCUGAUACACAACCAGGCAUCUUGGAGUACAGCAGAUCAAUUGUGCAAGGCAAAUAAAAGUAACCUCAUCAGCAUACACUCAUUGGCAGAUGUGGAACUCAUUGUUACGAAGCUUCAUAAUGAUGCCAGAGAAGAAGUGUGGGUGGGUCUCAGGAAUGAAGAUGUACCGACCUUAUUCAAAUGGUCGGAUCGCACAGAUGUGGUUUUUACAUAUUGGGAUCAGAAUGAACCAAGUGUUCCUUUUAAUGCCACUCCUAACUGUGUGUCCUAUUCAGGCAAGUUGGGGCAGUGGAGAGUCAAAUCCUGUGAAGAAAACUUGAAAUACGUGUGUAAGAAAAAAGGAAAGAUUUUAAAUGAAACAAAAUCAGACAAAAAUUGCUCAUUGGAUGAGGGUUGGGAGAUGCAUGGAAACUACUGCUACAAGAUUUUGAACACAGAGCUUUCGUUUGGAGCUGAGUGCAAUCUUACAGUUACAAACAGGUUUGAGCAAGAAUUUAUAAACAGUCUGAUAAGGAAACACACCAAAGUUGAAGAAAAAUACUUCUGGACUGGUUUGCAAGACAUUAGCCAGUCUGGAAUGUAUUCCUGGGCUGCAGUGGAUGGGGAAAAAAGUGAAGCUGUGACAUAUACUAACUGGAACUCCUUGCAGCCAGAGUUCUCAGGAGGAUGUGUGGCCAUGUCCAGUGGGAGAUCUCUUGGAAAGUGGGAAACGAAGGACUGCAAAACCACAAAAGCAUUCCCUGUUUGCAAAAAAUACAUCGGGCUGCCCAAGGAACCAGAAGUGCUCCCAAAGCCGUCUGAUCCCUGUCCCCCUGGGUGGCAUAAUGGAUCUGGCCUUUCCUGCUACAAGUUCUUCCACAGUGAAAGAGUGCUGCGCACCAGAACGUGGGAGGAGGCGGAAAGGUUCUGUGAAGCCCUUGGAGGCCAUCUUCCCAGCUUCACUCAUACAGAAGAAAUCAAGACGCUUCAUUCCAUCCUGAGAAAAAUUAUCAGUAAUGACAGAUGGGUAUGGGUUGGAAUGAAUAAGAGGAGUCCAGAUUCUCUGGGAACCUGGCAAUGGAGUGACGAUAAACCCGUAACCAGUCUUGUCUUGCCACAUGAUUAUCUGGAAGACGAGUAUGACACAAGGGACUGUGUUGCUUUAAAGACCUUUCAGUUUUCACGGAGAUCAUUUUGGAGGUUUUAUUUCCAUGAAGGCAGAGACCUGGAGUUUUAUUUCAAGCCUUUUGAUUGUGAGGCUAAACUUGAAUGGGUCUGCCAGAUAACUAAAGGUAGCACUCCAAAGACACCUGAGUGGUAUAUACCAGAUGAAAUUGGAAUUCAUGGAGUCCCACUUGUUGUUGAUGGAGCGGAGCUGUGGUUUGUACCAGAUAAAAACGUGAGCUUUCAAGAAGCUAUUUCCUACUGUCAGAAAAACGAUAGUGAAUUGGCCUCUGUGGAGUCUUACCCAAAACUCAGGACAAUACUUUCUCAGAUAGAAAAGUUAUCAAACAGUGAACAGAAGUGGUGGCUGAAGUUUAUUGAUUACGGCUACAGCUAUCAUUCACCUUUACAGUUAUUUCCACGCUUCCAUGAUCGAUCCCUGAGGGACUGCUGGUAUGUUUCUAGGAAGAGCUGGUAUAGAGACUACCCAGUGAACUGUAACAUGAAGCUGCCCUUCAUUUGUGAGAAGAAUAAUGCCUCCUUGCUGGAGAAACACGAUCCCAGUUACCGCCCGGUCACAGGAGGUUGCCCCAAGGGUUGGCUUCGAUUUCGGAAUAAGUGCUUCCUAAAGAUGAAAUCUGAGUAUUUAACAUUCAAUGCAGCGAAUGAGAAGUGUGUAACUUUUGGAGGCUCUCUUCCAUGCAUCUCAAGUCAAGCUGAGCAAGAUUUUAUAACAUCCUUGCUUCCUCAAAUGCCAAGAGAUAUUUGGAUUGGUUUGCAGUUUUUGUUCAGCACGAGAGAAAACAAGUGGAUAGAUGAGAGCAGACUGUUAUAUAGUAACUUUCACCCACUCCUGACAGGAAGACUGAGAAAGAUUCCACUGGAUCUGUUUGAUGAAGAAUUUAACAAUCAGUGUGGUGUAAUCCUCAAUGAUCCCAAGUCUCACUAUGUUGGAACAUGGAAUUUCACUGCUUGCGCUGACAGGCACUUCUUGGGUAUAUGCCAGCGUCCUAUAGGUAUAGGAGCUGCUGAUAACCAGACAGAGCAAGUCCUCAAUGACACGUUUAGCUAUCAUAAUGUGCAAUAUAAACUAAUCCUGAACAAUCUGACCUGGAAUGAUGCAAUGGCUGCAUGCAUAGGUCAGAAGAUGCAGCUGGUUAGCAUCACAGAUCAGUUCCAGCAGGCUUCUCUCGCUGUUCAGGCUGCCCUUCAUGACUACCCGCUGUGGAUUGGACUCUUCAGCAGAGAUGGUGGAAAACAUUACGGCUGGUUGGAUGGGAAACAUGUAAGCUUCAGUCGCUGGUCUGAAGAUGAUGAAGAGACAAGCGAAGAGUGCGUGUAUUUGGAUACUGAUGGCUUCUGGAAAACUUCUGACUGCUACUCUGAAAAUCGAGGUGCUAUUUGCUACUCAUCAGAAAAGAAGGAUGAAAAAGAACAAGUAACACAAGUUAAGUGCCCGCAUAAGAUUAAAAAUACACCCUGGAUAUCAUUCAGAAACAAUUGUUACACUUUUAUGAUAACAAAAAAUAGAUGGCGAGAAAUGAAGUCUCAAGAAGCUCAUCAUUUAUGCAAGAAAAUGAACCCAGAAGCAUUUGUGCUGAGCGUUCGAGAUGAAGAAGAAAACAAUUUUGUUGCUGAGCAGCUUCACUCAUUCAGCGGUCUGGCUGUGUGGGUCUGGCUGGGUGUCAUUUACGAUGAUAGUGAUAAAGUCCUGAAGUGGUAUGAUGAAACUUAUCUGACUUACAAUAACUGGAGGCUGGGAAGACCGAUCAUAAAGAAGAACAGCUUUUUUGCUGGUGUAAAUCUUGAUGGUUUCUGGGAUAUUUAUAAUUAUUCUCAAAGUUGGCAAGCUCAUCACUAUAAUGUGUACAGUAUUCUCGCCUGCAAAAUUGAAAGGGGACCCCAGCAGCACAAGCCUCCACUGCCUGAGUUUAUUCCACACGGAGACGUAACAUACAGAAUUCUUCAGAAAAAGUUAACGUGGUACGAUGCAGUGAGAGAAUGCAAGCAAAAUAUGAGUGAUUUAGCAAGUGUACACAGUGAAUCACAGCAGCUAUUUCUGGAAGAUAUUGUCAAGCAGGAUGGCUAUUCGCUGUGGCUUGGGUUGUCCAUUCAUGAUGGAAGUAAAGCUAAUUUUGAAUGGUCAGAUGGAAGCAGUUUUGACUAUUAUCCGUGGGAAUUAGAAAACUCAAAUACGACUGAGAACUGCGUCCUGUUGGAUACCAAAGGAUCUUGGAACCGUGCAAAAUGUACCAAUGUUGCUGAAGGAGCCAUUUGCUAUAGCUUUUCAAACAAGAAACAAUUGGAGCAAAAGCAAGUGAGCCGAGCCUCAGGAUGCUCGCAACUCAGUGGAGAACUACCGUGGAUACAGUAUAAGGAUCACUGUUACGCAUUUGACAUGGCUUUCUACAAUUUUUCAGUAUAUAACGUGGAAGAUGCUAAGAAAGUCUGCAAGAAACUAAAUCCUUCAGCAGCCCUUCUGACCAUAGGGGAUGCUGAGGAAAAUGCGUUUGUGAGCGCACACAUAAAGAAAAAUGAUCUAAUAACUAGGAAAGUAUGGCUUGGACUGACUCAGAGCUCUACAGGUCAGACCUUGCACUGGCUUGAUGGCUCAUCAGUUAAUUACGCCAAUUGGGAUAACAGAACCACAGAACUCAGUGAAAAAUGCAGUGUUAUCACGUCCACAACUGGCAAGUGGUCCAAAGUUGACUGCAGUCGUAGUCAAAGCAGAGUGGUUUGUAAAGCUCCUUUAGGCUCUAAUCACACUGGAGUGGCUGUAGCUUUUGCCCUGCUGGUCAUCUUAGUCCUUGUUCUGGGAUUGGUGUGGUUUAUCUGUAAAAAGAAGCGUCUUCACUGGAGUGCCUUCUCUUCAGUACAUUACCAAAGAGGGUUAAAUGAUGAUGAAGCUGAUGAUGUGUUCACAAAAGAUGGCUAUUGAGGAAAAACUGUUCCUUCUGGGAGAUUCAGCACGAACUUCACUGUGUGAAGCCGUAAGGACUGUACUACUUGAUGUGUUGUUACUUCUUUUUGAAAAAGUGAUAAGGUUAUUAACGGGGGCUGAGUUUCGUUCCUUUCUACAAGCGUGCAAUUUUUAUUCAAGCCCACGGUAAUCAUUUGCAUUUGGCCUCAGUUGUUAAAGGUACAAGGGUUUUGGAGCUGUGUAACGUAUUUUGAUUUAGAGUACUAUUUUCCAUCUCCUUACUGGAAAAUGUCUUUAAUUAAAUAAUUAAUGACAACUUACUUCAUGCAACGUCACCUUAUUGAAUGCAUGUAGAGUUGCCUCGUGAAUUCUCUAACUCUGUGCAAUUGUCACUCAGUAACUUCAGGCCAACGAUGUGCCAUUUGGAUGUGUUAAGGAUGCUGCUGCUAGCGUUGGAUUAUCGAGCCUAGCACGGAGAGGAUAAAUGCUUGGUGUAGCAACUUCUGUAACAAGCUGUUGUAAAUUCUGAUAAAGUGGGGGAAAAAGGAGAUAUCAGACAAGGAAGCAUUCUUUCCCCAUCCCUCUAGAAUUUAAAUCUUCAUGUUGCAGGGAAGGAAGGUAAUGCUGUUACUUUCUCCCCCCAAAUUGAUAAUAAUAAUAAAGUCAUACUGGGGAGAUAAGACGAUUGGAAUGCAGGGAGUUACAGAAAAUAGCCUGCACUAAAGCCAUGCCGUUUAUGAGUAAGUUUAUUAAUAAAUGUAGAGUAUUUUACAGCUGACACUGCGACAUGCUGGCAGAUCACUGAUCUUAGCCCUCGAAGGCACGGCGCAGAUACCAGAACUGCCCCGUAUGGGCUGACUGUGAGUACAAGCAGAACUCGAGACAGUAGGAGCCUCAGCCUUGUGAAAGCAAAGGCAUGAAUGCUGUGUUUUAUCCUGUGGCGUAACUUAAAUUACUCAGUUCCUUUUCACAGCACCUUUAACAAAGGUUUAGAAGCACAAAUAGCAGAGAUGUUUACAGUGAAAUCAGUAUCUAGGCAUAAGCAGAAAAAUGGAAACAUUGCUAAAAGUGCACUUAGAGUAGCAUUUAGAGGAAGAAUUAUUCCAUUCUAUCCCAUGGCUCCAAACUACUCUGAAAUGAGACCUGUGUGACUGCUGGAUAAAAAAGACCACCUCCAUUUCACAAUUGGUUGCAGCGCGGUGCCUGAGGAUGGGAGCAUUACAGAGACAGUGUUCCAUGUUCUGUAGUGAGAUCCUUCUGAAGUUUCACCUCCAGUAUUACUGUUGGUUUUUAUUAUGGUUAAGUGCUUAACUCCGUAAAGCAGAAUAUCUGUUAUCUGUCCAAGAAAUAACAAAGAUAAAUAUCUGAGGAAGGAAUGAGGAAGAAUGUAUGGUAAAUUAAGUUGUGUAUGUAAAUGCUAAAACUACUUGAGUAUUUUACAUAAAACUUGAUUUUUAUAUGUGAUGCGAUCUAUGCACUCCAAAGGAAGUUACAAAGGGAAAAUGAGAAGACAGCUUUGUACAUCUACCAAUAUGUUGAUCAGUGGUUGAAGUUGUUCAGCUUCUUCAGAGCACAGUGCAGAGGACAGGUGUUUACUUUGAUGAAGGAGUAUAUGCAAAAGACCAUAUCCAUCCCCUGUGCAGUAAUAAUGAUGUGAUACGACAGGUAGGAAUACAUUUGGUCUGACGUGCUAAGAAGUGUACUACUGCUUUCUCUGGAGCAACACUGCGAGGUCAUAAUGUUGAGCUGCCUUAUUUCCCUGCAGUUUACUGAAAGGGACAGCACUUUCCUUGGUUCCUGUUUGCACUAUUUUGAUAAGCAGGUGUUAAUCAUCUGUACUGAUAAUAGAGAACCUCUUGUAGCGAUCACUUCAGUACCUGUUGAAAUAGCAGAGUGAAGGAGAGUAGCCAAAGAGACGUUUUAGUUUGCAGAUAGAGAAGUGAGCACUUUUUGGUUGUUUAUUUGGUACUUGGGCACAAUGGUGAAAGCUUCCUUCCCCCUUCCUUGAUGCUAAUUGCUUUGCUGAAUGACUUCUAAAUUAAUGAACUUCUUAAGGAAAAGUGUUGUUCGUUGUCCUGUUCUCACAACAAUAAGAAGGGAGGGGGAAAAUAGUUCUGAAUCCCUGUUUGGAGAUUUACGAGUUCUGUCGAUGUUUCUAUUUGGAUGGUUGGAGUUGGGAAGCUGAAGUUCAAAGUGGAAAAUAGUGAUAAAAUUCCCAGUUACCCAAAAUAUAAAUAAUAUAUACUUUUUGUAAUUAAAAAAAAUCUAAAAAUGUAUUCUAUUCUUACAAAUGAUGUAAACGAUUGUGUAAGGCCCCUCUCUGAUCCUAUUUGAUGUUUGUUUCAUCACACCCACGUUGUCUCAUCACUGGCAAUUCUCAUUUGAACAAGCACAGCUGCCUUAGUGCAGGUGAAUAACCCACAGCAAGAUUAGUACUGAAAGAAUAAAGCAAAAUGAAACACGGAA